AUGCUGAUCAAGGAGACCCAUCAGGAUAUUGCGACGAAAGCAGAUGGAAAGCACGGUUCUAUGAGGAUUUUCCUCUUCCACCCUGCAAUUCCAAACUAUCCUAAUGCUCGUUUCCCGGGUGUUGUUCUGUUCAGCGAGAUCUAUCAAGUGACGGGACCUGUUGCUAGAUUUGCUCGACAAAUUGCAGGGCAAGGAUAUAUUGUCGCGGCACCUUCAUCAUAUCAUGAGUUCACAGGCCCAGAACCUCUUGCAUACGACGGUCCAGGUACAGAUGCUGGCAACGAGUGGAAAAUCACCAAGACUUUAGCAAGCUAUGACGAAGACUCCACACUCUCGAUCGAUGCUCUGCUGGCUCUGAAGACCUGCAAUGGCCGAAUCGGCGCCACUGGCAUGUGUCUUGGCGGUCACCUUGCCUUCCGCUGCGCACUUGAUCCUCGAGUUUCUGCUGCCGUAACAUAUUUCGCCACAGAUCUUCACAGUGCGACUCUUGGUCAGGGUAAGAAAGACGAUAGUCUGGCUCGUUGUGGAGAGAUCAAAGCUGAACUGGCUAUGAUCCACGGCACCUUGGAUAACCAUGUUCCACCCGAGGGGAGAGACUUGAUAAGGAAGACAUUAAGGGACAAAGGACUUGUAUUCAGUUGGUAUGAACCUGCUUGGGCACAACAUGCGUUUAUCCGGGACGAGCUUUCGAAAGGUCGCUACGACCCUGCCAUUUCGAAGAUCUGCUUUGAGAUUCUUCUUGAGCUCUUUGGCAGAACACUGAAGUUAGAUCUUGGACCUCACGAUAGGACGACGCAACAAAUUGAAGAUAUUUGUUGA